AUGGCAACAACAGCAGUAGACAUAAUCGACGACAAAAGCCCCAUAUGCAUCCCUUUCAUCCUCUCGCGGUACCACGCCUACCUCUCCGCAUCCGCAUCCACAUCCACAUCCAUCCCCGCCCCCGCCCCCACUUCGACCCCGAACCCCAACAAUAACCGGCCGAAGCGACCCUUCAUCAUCGGCCUAAACGGCGUCCAAGGCGCCGGCAAAACGACCUUAGUGCGCGCGCUCGCGCGCCAGCUGCGGGAGACAGAAGGGCUCGAGACCCUCGUCUGCAGCAUCGACGACUUCUACCUGCGGCGCGAAGACCAGCAGGCGCUCGCCGAGUCGCAUCCGGACAAUCUGCUGGUCCAGGUCCGUGGUGAGCCAGGCACGCACGACAUCCCCCUCGCGCACACCUUCUUCACCUCCCUCUGCGCAGGCCUCCCCGCACAAAUCCCCCAAUACGACAAAGCCGCUUACUCCGGCCUCGGCGACCGCGUCCCCUCCUCACAAUGGACGACCAUCAACGGCCCCGAUCAGCCACCGGUAGAAGUGGUAAUUUUCGAAGGGUGGUGCGUCGGGUUCCGAUCCCUGGACGAGGGCGAGGUAGUGCGGAAGUGGGAAGACGCUAACAGCCGAACGCUGCGCCAACAUCCGCUGGAGCACCUCCUCUUCGUCAACGAGAAGCUGCGGGCCUACGACGUCAUCACCGACACGUUCGACGCCUUCAUCCACAUCGACGCGGAGAACACGGAGUGGGUGUACGACUGGAGGCUAGAGCAGGAGGCGAUGCUGCGACGGGAGAGGGGCACGGGGAUGACAGAUGAGCAGGUGGUCAAGUUCGUCGACGCCUACUACCCCGCGUACGAGCUAUUCUCCGACAUGUUGAGAAACGGGCUGAUGCCCAGCAAUAAGCCAGGAUGUCAAUUGAGAUUGAUUGUGGGUAAGGAUAGAAGAGUUAAGCAGACAGUUAUCAUUUAA